CAAUUAAAAACAAUAUGCAUAAAACUCUUAAUAUGCUUUUAAACGAUUUUAUUACUGAUGCUAAAUCAAAAAUGGAAUCACCCAAACAUGAAACAUCUGUAGAUGUGGAAAUAAAUAAUACUCUGGUUACAAGGCAUAAGGGAAAGCCUCCUAAAAGGUAUAAAUUUAGCGUAGAAAUAAUUCAAUUCAAGAGGGAAGAUAAUAUGAUUAAUGAAAGAAAUCAAGAUACUACAC